AGAACUGUAAACCGAACCGAAAAAUCUAUACCCAAACCGAUAUUCAUAAAUACCGUACAGUUUGAGCAGUACGGAACCAGAAAAAUAAAAAAAACUGAUCCGGAACCAUAGUUUGAGCGGUUUGGAGAUUACAAAUUACAAUGCAGGGACUUUAAUGAACAAGUCAGUAGUCUGGGGAGAAUCAUGUUAGAUUGUAAAUCCUGAAGGGGGUAUAACGAAAUCACCUCUAGAAAAUUUUAUGUAUAGCCAAUUUCUUUGUAGCUUCUUUGCCGUCCACAUUUGUUCUCCAAUCAUACCAUUUGAUAAACUAUUUUCUCUAGCAUAAAUUUAAUAUGUUUAAUUAGGCCUAUUAACAUUCUUGAUAGUAUGCUCUUAAACUAUAGUUUGCUGUUGCUCCAGAUUAGCAUACAAAAUAUGUAGAUUAUUGUUUUUUUUUUUGGAAAUUUUAUAUAUUUAACAAAACCGGUGUAUCAGAUGAUUCAGAUUCCAUGAAGAUUUUUUUGAUGUUAUAAGAUAUUGUAAAGAUUAUAAAGUGGAUUAGCAGCUUUAUUGCAAGAGUUAUUUAGUGUCACCACGUGAUGUAAUAACCCAAUUGAUAAUUUAUUAAUACAAGAAAAAUGGGAUUAAUUAUAGUGUACCAGUACUACUAAUGAAUUAAAAAAAAGGCAGAGACUUGGAACUUGCGUCAAUGAGGAAUUUGACAAGAGAUUCAACCACGACAGCCAUUUGCUCACCUGGAAUCUAUGGCGGAAGCAAGGAGAUUUAGCCCCAAUAACGAACUAGAUGUUGGCCACAUACUCUCAGAAGCUCGAAACCGAUGGCUUCGUCCUCCUGAAAUCUGUGAAAUCUUACAGAACUACCAAAAGUUUCAAAUCUCUUCUGAGCCACCUACUACACCUGCAAGUGGAUCUGUUUUUCUAUUUGAUCGAAAGGUGCUCAGAUACUUCAGGAAAGAUGGUCACAAUUGGAGGAAGAAAAGAGAUGGAAAGACGGUGAAAGAAGCUCAUGAGAGGUUGAAGGCGGGAAGCGUUGAUGUUCUACAUUGUUACUAUGCCCAUGGACAUGACAAUGAAAAUUUUCAAAGACGUAGUUACUGGAUGCUUCAGGAAGAGCUUUCCCACAUAGUUUUUGUCCAUUAUCUCGAAGUCAAGGGUAGUAGAAUUUCGACUUCUUAUAAUCGGAUGCAAAGGACUGCAGAAGAUUCUGCUCAAUUUUCUCAUGAAACUGGGGAAGUCUUCACUAGUGAACGUGAUGGUUAUGCUUCUGGCAGCAUUAAUCAAUAUGAUCACAACAAUCAUCCGCAAGCAACUGACUCAGCAAAUGUCAAUGGUGCUCAUACCCCAGAGCUUGAAGAUGCUGAAUCAGCAUACAAUCAGCAGGGGAGCUCGAUAGUUUACUCACAUCAGCAGCCUCCAAGUACUGGUUUCGAUCCUCUCUAUCAGAUGUCCUUGACCCCAGCAAGAACUAUCAACGGUCCUGGAGUAACAAAUGGCUUACGAAACAAAAAGUCUAUUGAUUCCCAAACUUGGGAAGAGAUUCUGGGAAACUGUGGCUCUGGAGCUGAAGGGUUAUUACCUUUGCAGCCUAACAGUGAGCAUGAAGUGCUGGACCAAAUACUCCAGGACUCCUCUUUUACCAUGCAAGCUCCGUACCUAUCUACCAAGAAACAGCAUUUGUUAGACGGUGCACUGGGUGAAGAAGGCCUGAAAAAAGUGGACAGUUUCAGUCGCUGGAUGAGCAAAGAGCUUGGAGAUGUUUGUGUCAUCGCUGAUGCAAACGAGUCUUUCACUCAUUCCAGUUCAACAGCCUACUUGGAUGGAUAUGUUAUGAGUCCUUCCCUAUCAAAGGAACAGCUCUUUAGCAUUAUUGACUUCGCUCCAAACUGGACUUAUGUGGGUUGUGAAGUCAACGUUCUCGUUACUGGAAAAUUCUUAAAGACUCCAGAGGAGGCUGAGAGAGAAGAGUGGUGUUGCAUGUUUGGGCAAACAGAAGCUCCAGCAGAUGUUAUAGCCGAUGGGAUUCUCCAGUGUGUGGCUCCUAUGCGUGAGGCUGGGAGAGUUCCCUUUUAUAUAACGUGUUCCAACAGAUUAGCAUGCAGCGAAGUGCGUGAGUUCGAGUAUAAGGUCUUGGAGUCUCAAGCUUUUGGAAGAGAAACAGAUGACUCUACUGAAAGCCUUGAAGCAAGAUUUGUUAAACUCUUGUGCUCCAAAUCUGAUUCACCGAGCUCGAAUGGUAGUGAUAUGUCUCAAGUGAGCGAGAAGAUUAGUUUACUGCUUUUCGAGAACGAUGACCAGCUUGAUCAGAUGCUAAUGAAUGAAAUCUCUCAAGAGAGUAUGAAAGAAAAGCUUUUGCAGGAAGCUCUGAAGGAAAGCUUGCACUCAUGGCUUUUGCAGAAGAUAGCAGAAGGUGGAAAAGGUCCUAACGUGUUGGACGAAGGUGGACAAGGUAUAUUACAUUUUGCAGCUGCUCUUGGUUACAACUGGGCGUUAGAACCGACGGUGGUGGCUGGUGUCAGCGUGGAUUUUCGAGAUGUAACUGGUUGGACUGCACUUCAUUGGGCAGCUUUCUUUGGCAGGGAGCUGGUGAUUGGUUCUCUCAUAGCUCUCGGCGCUUCUCCCGGAACUUUGACUGAUCCGAAUCCAGAUUUUCCAUCAGGAAGCACGCCUUCUGAUCUAGCCUACGCUAAUGGUUUCAAAGGAAUCGCUGGUUAUCUCUCUGAAUACGCCUUAACGGCUCAUGUUUCUUUGCUCAGUCUAAAUGAGAGCAACGCAGAAACGUCUGAGAGUACUACUCCUAGCCCGUCCAGCUCGUCGUUGACAGACUCUCUUACAGCUGUGCGUAACGCUACGCAAGCAGCAGCUCGGAUUCAUCAGGUCUUUAGGGCUCAGUCUUUCCAGAAGAAGCAGAUGAAAGAGUUUGGAGUGUCGGAAGAGCGUGCUCUUUCAAUGCUUGCUCCUAAAACACACAAACAAGGACGAGCGCAUAGCGAUGAUUCAGUGCAAGCCGCUGCUAUCCGGAUUCAGAACAAGUUCCGUGGUUAUAAAGGAAGAAAAGAUUAUUUGAUUACUAGACAAAGAAUCAUCAGAAUACAGGCUCAUGUAAGAGGUUAUCAGGUUAGGAAAAACUACAGGAAGAUAAUAUGGUCAGUGGGGAUAUUAGAGAAGGUGAUACUGCGUUGGAGAAGGAAAGGAGCUGGUCUGCGUGGGUUUAAGUCAGACGCACUUGUUGAUAAGAUGCAAGAUGGAACAGGGAGAGAAGAGGAUGAUGAUUUCUUCAAGCAAGGUAGAAAGCAAACAGAGGAAAGGCUUCAAAAGGCUCUUGCAAGAGUUAAGUCUAUGGCUCAGUAUCCUGAAGCUAGAGAUCAGUACCGUAGAUUACUUAAUGUUGUAAACGACAUCCAAGAAAGCAAGGUUGAAAAGGCUCUUGAGAGUUCAGAAGAAGCAACUUGUUUUGAUGAUGAUCUAAUAGAUAUUGAAGCAUUGUUGGGAGAUGAUGACACUUUGAUGUUGCCUAUGUCCUCAACUUUGUGGAACACUUGAAACCACUCUCAAGCCUAUAUACUAUGUGAGAUAUUGUGAUCACUCUUUAUCACAUUAUGUCAUUCAUUAUUACUCUAAUUUAUAUUUGACAAUAUAAAACAUAUAUGAACUUAUAACCAAAUAGUGUAAUCUUUCUUGUCAUUAAACUGUACAUGUAUGGUUUCCAUUAGUAUAUACAAACUUUCAGUUUAUUUUA